UUCUGCCUUCAGCAUCUCCUUCAUGCAAUAAAUUAUGCAGGCUACUGAUUAAACAAUGGGAAGGGGAGGGGAGGACAUAAACUUCAGGUCAUGAAAAAUGUAGCCAGAGGAUAGUGAAGCCUGUUCUACUACUUACCUGGGCCUGGCGAGGGCGGAGGGAGGCCGAGAGCGACCCAAGGUGGAAAGGGACAGAAGUGGAGAGCGCGACCACCCUCUGGGCCCGGUCGGUCUGUCUAUCUGUGGUGGUUCUAAGAAAGUAGAAUGAACCGAAGCAUUCCCGUGGAAGUUGAUGAAUCAGAACCAUACCCAAGUCAGUUGCUGAAACCAAUCCCAGAAUAUUCCCUGGAAGAGGAAUCAGAACCACCUGCUCCAGAUAUAAGGAACAUGGCACCUAACAGUUUGUCUGCACCCUUAGGAGACUUUUCUCGGGCUCGCCCACCCCUGAAACUUGCAAAUCACCAGCGGCCUGUGUCCCAGCAGGUCACCUGUCUGCGCACUAAAGUCCUGGAGGAAAGUGAAGACAGCUUCUGCAGGAGACACCCAGACCCAGGCAAAGAUUUUCCCUCGGGCUCCUCUGCAGCCAGCAAGUCUGAAUCUGAGUCUGUGGUUGGAGCCCUCCCCAGAGAGCAUCAGUUUUCGUUUACGGAAAAACGUAAUCAAUGGCUGGGAUCUCAGCUUUCAGCAGCUUCUCCUGACACUGGCCAUGACUCAGACAAAUCAGACCAAAGUUUACCUAAUGCCUCAGCAGACUUCUCGGGCAGUAGCCAAGAGACGGUGCAACAGCCCCAGCCCCACAGGAACCGCACAGCCCCAGAUCUGCCUACAAUAGACACAGGGUAUGACUCCCAGCCCCAGGAUGUCCUGGGCAUUAGGCAGCUGGAAAGGCCCCUGCCCCUCACCUCUGUGUGUUACCCCCAGGACCUACCCAGACCUCUCAGGUCCACGGAGUUCCAACAGUUUGAACCACAGAGGUAUCCAGUGUAUGCACAGAUGCUGCCUCCCAGUCCUUCCCCACAUGCUCCACGGAACUAUCUUAACCAUUGUCCUGGAGGUCCCAAUCAUCAGGUGCCAUAUGGCCAUGACUACCCUCGAGCAGCCUACCAGCAAGUGAUCCAGCCAGCUCUAUCUGGACAGCCCCUACCUGGAGCCAGUGCGAGAGGCCUCCACCCUGUGCAGAAGGUCAUUCUGAAUUAUCCCAGUCCCUGGGACCAAGAAGAGAGGCCUGCACAAAGAGACUCCUUUCCAGGACUUCCAAGGGACCAGAUGUAUCACCAGCCACCUAAUAGAGCUGGAGCUCCUGAGGAGUCCUUGGAGUGUCCUUCAGAGUUUAGACCACAGGGUCACCAGGCUCCAUCCCCAGCUGCUGUGCCUAGACCCCCUAGUAACCCUCCAGCCAGAGGAACUCUGAAAACAAGCAAUUUGCCAGAAGAAUUGCGGAAAGUCUUUAUCACUUAUUCUAUGGACACAGCCAUGGAGGUGGUGAAAUUCGUCAACUUUUUGUUGGUAAAUGGCUUCCAAACUGCAAUUGACAUAUUUGAGGAUAGAAUCCGAGGCAUUGAUAUCAUUAAAUGGAUGGAGCGCUACCUUAGGGAUAAGACAGUGAUGAUAAUCGUAGCAAUCAGCCCCAAAUACAAACAGGAUGUGGACGGUGCUGAGUCGCAGCUGGAUGAGGACGAGCAUGGUCUACAUACUAAGUACAUUCAUCGAAUGAUGCAGAUUGAGUUCAUAAAACAAGGAAGCAUGAAUUUCAGAUUCAUUCCUGUGCUCUUCCCAAAUGCUAAGAAGGAGCAUGUGCCCACUUGGCUUCAGAACACUCACGUCUACAGCUGGCCCAAGAAUAAAAAAAACAUCCUGCUGCGGCUGCUCAGAGAGGAAGAGUAUGUGGCUCCUCCCCGGGGGCCUCUGCCCACCCUUCAGGUGGUACCCUUGUGACACCCCCAUCCCCAAUCACUGGAGGCAUGCCAUGUUUGGAGCCCUGUUCUCACAAGCAUUCUUCUAGCUAAGGCUAGUCAAUAGCAUUCAUGGCAGUUUGUCCUUCCCUGAGAGGCCCUUCAGCCCCAUAAAACCUGCUUUGCAGAGGACUCUUCCUCCUGGGACCUCUCCAGACCCUGUCUUUGAAGUGGAGGCUGUGGCUGCUCUGCAUACCCUUCUCUGAAAAAACCCACUGCAGGUGCCAAUGUCCAACAUGUUCCUCCUAACCAGCUGAUGUGUCCAUGCUGGGCCUCUCAGUGCUUCAUAAGUAGAUAACAUAAGUGAUGUUGCAACAUAUGUAAACGACCACACACACUCCCCUACUGCUUUCAGGCUCUUUUUAUGAGCUAGCCAGAUGCUUGUGUGUCCUCAGACCAAACUGAUUCAUGUACAAAUAAUAAAAUGUUUACUCUUUUGUAAGAUUGUAUUUCACUUAUCUCCAAGGAGAUAAAUAUAUAUUAAUUUAUAAUGGUAUGGGCAGUUGCUUCUAGGGCCAUCGACAAAGCUGCUUAGAUAUAAUAUUAGAUGAAUGUAACAGGCUCCUCUGUAUUUAAGGAUUAAAGCUAAACAACCCUUUUUAACAAUCAUGAAAGUUUCAUUCUUGCAGUAGAGAUUUUUAACAAGACAACUUUGUACAGCACACAAUCAUGAUUCUAAAACAGUGUGAUUAUGGUUCUUAAGGCUGGACUAUAUAUGUAAAAAUAUUUGCAUAUGGGUAUGAAGUGACAGGGGAUGUACAAUGCAGGCUAGAACUGUGGUUUGGAAGACCUGUGUUCUAGUCUUGGUUCUACCCCGCACUAGCUGCGUGACUCUACCAAGUCUUUUCACUUUUCUGAGACUCCAGAGACUCAUUUAUAAAAUGACAUGGAGAAAAGUAUCUCUAAUGAUUCUAAAACAUUUGAAGUCUAGGACCUAAAUUUAA